AGAAUUUCUAUGGUUUAUUUAGGGAUGUUCAGAUGGAAUAAUAAUAAUGAAAAAUCAUUAUGACAUUUUAGGCUUAGAGAGGAAUGCUAAACCUAAUCAAAUUAAGAAAGCUUAUCAUAAAUUAGCCCUCCAGUGGCAUCCAGUAUUAAUUUCUUAAUGUUUAUUUAGGAUAAGAAUAGUGAGUUUGGAGCAACUGAUUAAUUUUACUAAAUAACAGAAGCCUAUACUACAUUAUCUAAAGAAGAAUCUAAAUCAAAAUAUGAUAAAAGACUUUAAACCAGAGAUAAUCUGAAUGAACUCUUAAACUAUUUUAAAUAGUAAUAAGAAGAACCACUCCAAUAAUAUGAUGUUAGAGACGAUUUUAUAUCAAAAGAGGAUCGAGAAUUCAUUAGAAACUUUUCAAAUAAACAAGAAAUAGAAACAAUUAAAAAAAAGAGAAUUAGAAAACAAAAAUGA